AAAAUCUGAUAGUUAGGAUGAUUAAGGAAUUAAAAAGAAGUUUCCCCUUGUAACUUACGUAACACAAACUCUACACAUAAAUAUCCUUUCUCCUUCAGUGCCUUCAAGUCUCCAUACCCACAUUUUUUCCGUCUACAUAGCACUAAAAAUUUCUGCCAAUUUGAAAGCCUCCGACCGGCUGCUCUUCAAUGAAGAAACAAGUUAGCUUCCUCUUCUGUUAUGUUCUUUUCUGCUUCUUAUAUUCAUUUACAGAAGGCGAAGGACAUAAGCAUCAUCUUCAUGAUCACCAUAAGCAUGGAUCAGUGAAGCUUUUUGUUUUUGGGGACUCGUAUGCUGAUACUGGAAACUGGGAGAAGUCCGCUAUUUCAUGGAAAGAGCCUUAUGGAAUCACAUAUCCUGGCAAACCAGCAGGUCGCUUCUCCGAUGGCCGUGUUCUCACAGAUUAUAUAGCCUCAUUUCUGGGCAUAAAAUCUCCAUUACCUUUCAGAAUGAGGAACACCACAAGAAAAUCUGGUCUACAAUUUGGAAUGAACUUUGCAUAUGGUGGGACUGGUGUCUUCGACACUUUAAACAAUGCACCAGAUAUGUCUACCCAAAUCAAUUAUUUUCAACAGCUACUUCAAGAAAAAGUUUUCACCAAACACGACCUUAAUUCUUCCAUCGCGCUGGUAUCUCUUGCAGGCAAUGACUACAAUACUCUGUAUAAAAAUGGGAACCUCAAGGAUUUGCCACAUUUAGCUACUUCAAUUAUCAAGCAACUUUCCUUGAACGUAAAACGAAUCCAUGGUUUGGGAGUGCAAAAAAUAGCAGUUACAGCAUUGCAGCCUAUAGGGUGCUUGCCUGAAUUGGCAGCAUCAUCUUCAUAUAAAAAUUGCAGUGAAAAUUGGAAUUCUGCCUCCAAGUUCCACAACCAGAUGUUGGAGAAAGCAGUGCAGAAGCUGAACAAUGAGACUCAGAAGCAUGUUUUCGAAAUUUUGGAUCUUUAUAGUGCUUUCGUGUCUGCAUUCAACAAAGCACACCAUGCAGGAAGCUUGAACUCUGAGAGUCCAUUGAGGCCAUGUUGUAGGGGUGUGACAAGUGAUUCCUUAUGUGGGGAGGUAGACAAAAGUGGAUCAAAAAAGUAUGUGAUUUGCAAUAACACAGAAUUAUCAGUGUUUUGGGAUAUGGUACACCCUUCCCAGAAUGGUUGGCGCCAAGUUUAUUUGGCUCUGCAAUCUUCUCUUCAUCACCUCUAUUACAAAUAAACAUAUUAUUCUGGAAUCUUCUCAUAUUAGAAACUUUCAAUUAGAUGCCAACCUUAAAAUAGGACAAGAAUCUCUUUUGUUGA